GUGAUAGCUCCAUCCUUUGGAAAGCCAUACAAAUGAUAUUUUCAACAUUCAUUAAUAUUUCUCUAUGACACAUUUCGAUAUUUCUGUGUAUGUAGUGUGAAAUCUUUAAGCGACGAAAGGUGAACGGGUACGCCUUACGACUUUUAUUUUGGAUUGUGGUAUCAUCCAUUCCGGAUAUUGAACCCUCAUUCGGUUGAGUUUGUACAUCACUCAUAUGAAGAUGGCUUCGUCCUUUUGGAAAGGUGUCGUUGGUUUGGGCCUUUUUGCUUUGGCACAUGCGGCUUUUUCUGCGGCACAACACCGAUCCUACAUGCGCCUUACAGAAAAGGAGAAUGAAACGCUACCGAUAGAUAUUGUCCUCCAGACGUUGUUAGCCUUUAUAGUGACGUGUUACGGAAUAGUUCACAUCGCUGGAGAAUUCAAAGACAUGGAUGCAUCCUCAGAACUGAAAAACAAGACGUUUGACACACUGAGGAAUCAUCCCUCAUUCUACGUGUUCAACCACCGGGGCCGGGUGUUGUUCCGCUCCCCAGAGCAGGAACCCAUGACGGCUCCUCAAGCACUACCCUCAAACCCCCUACGGUUACGCAAACUGGAGAACUUCCACUAAGACUGGCCUUUACUGGGCUACUGUGCCCAUCUCUCUCCCUCUCUGUCUUUCUCUCUCUUUCUCACUUUGUGCAUCAGUGAGCGCCUGGGUUGGUGAGGGAUUGGGGAAGAUAAGAACAUAUAUCCCCUGUCCUUAACUUCUCUGCAUAUGUUGUAUAUGCUGUAUAAAUUUGCAUCUCUUCAACAGUGAUUUCCACAUGUAAAUCUUUGGACUGUGCCAACUCCUUGUUUUUUUUCCAGCUUGUUUGUAAAUAAUGUUAAUGCUUGGGAGUCUUAAGGAUUGAAAAGAAAAAAAAUCUUCCCAGUCCCCAGUCCUGACAGGCGUUGUUACAGCGGUUCAUUUCAUUCAUUUGUCACACAAAGGGGUUCAGUAACACCUCAUUUAAAAAAAAAAAAAAAAAAGAAAAAAAAACCUUGCAUCAACCUCCACAUUUAAGGCUGUGCAGCUGUUCCUGACUGAAUUAUGUUCUUCCCGGCCAUGCACUCAAACUGGGGAUGUCCAAUGGACCAUACAGUGUAUUUAUGUUCAUUCAUGUUCAUCGUCUGGAUUUCAAUUUAUUAUGCAAUAAACACCUGAGGUCAUGGAAAUGCAUUAAUGAUAUCUGUAAAGGCUGAAACAAACAUGAAUUGAAGGUUGUUUAGCGCUAAUGCUAACGAUACUGUGAACACGUAGUGGAGACUAAUGGUACAUUUGUUCUGGGGAGAAUGUUUGUAAUUUUGUUCCACUUUUAUGUCAUGACAUUUUUAACUUAAAAAUAAUAAAUUCUGAAAUUUUAUGGAAGAAUUUGUAACCUGAACAAA